CAUUCUGCAAUGUACAGGCCCUGAGCUGCGCAUUCAAGGGUUGUCAAUUCUCUCUCCUCUCUCAGUCAGAUGCGUGCUCCAUCGAAGGAACAGCAUUGCUCCAAUUCCCUCUCGCGGGAUUGUCUCGCCCCUCGGAGACUACAGUGGGGAUCCCUAUCCAUGGAGAAUCGAUCCGUCCGAGGCAAUGACGAAAGGCGACUGUCAUGCUCUGAUCAUCACACCUAGGGAUUAGCAUAUAGCUCGCUUCCAUCCUGGAACACGAAAAAAAUAACAAUCCGGCUGCGAUGCGUGGCUUCUCCGCUAAUGGUCAUGAACGGGUAUCCGGCGUGGGACAGUGAAUUCGAAACAUUAGCAGCUGUGUCCCCGUUUCUGGGAUACGAAUCGUAUGCUGGGCACCGUCGUUGCACAACAGAACAAGUGCUUUCUGGGGAAGUUGCCGUUGCAUCCUCAUCUUAUGGAUGAAUGCACUGGGCUUGAUCACACACACGCACGCACGCAGAUGCAUCGCUCUUGUUCUCCAACGCGAAGUCUCUCAGUCCGUCCGCAGUCACAGGGAUGCAUGCCCCGCUCCUGCGUGGAGCGUUCAGCUGGAGAGGCAUCGUUGUUGUAAAAGCAACCCUAGUGCACGCGUGCUGAUUUGCAGCUGGAUGUGAUGCUGCAUCCUUUCCAUGGUUCAGUUUCAUUUGCUUUUCUUCUCGCUUCAGCCCCUCUUCCCCGCUUCCCUUCUGGCUACUACACAAUCGAUUGUCUGGCGAUUGAUCCGUUCCAUCAUGAUGAGGGACUCGCAAAGCCGACUGCAAAACUGAAUCGAACUCGGUCAUCAACCGCUUCAAGGUAAAUCGCUGUUGUUU